AUGGAAAAACAGAAUUCCAAGAUUUUUGAAGAAACUGUGGUUUCUAACCAUGAUAGUGUGAAAUCUAUUUUAAAUUUUUCUAAUGAGAUCAACCAGGCUUUUAAUAUAGCCAUUGUGAAUCCUAAACCAGCCUUCAAACUAAUCAAGUGGUCUUUGCCUCCUGCGCCUAAAAUUAAGCUAAAUACAUAUGGUUGCAGGAAGCUAAGAGGUGAAGGAGGAUUUGGGUGCCUAUUCAGAGAUGAAGUUGGAGCUUGGGUGUGUGCCUAUUAUGGUAGACUCCAGGAUGGGACAAGCCUUGAAAUUGAGCUAUGGGCUAUAUACAAAGGUUUAAUUGUGCUCCUACAAAUGGGUAUGAGCAAAGUAAUUAUUGAGGCUGAUGCCAUACAAGCUAUGGAACUCUUGACAAAGGAGACAUAG